AUGACCAAUUCAAAGGAUGAUACUCCAACCACCUGCUUCUCCUCCAUCCUCCGCCGUCUACUAUGCACCGGUGGCCUCCCAACCCAUCCCUCCUCCGACACCGACAACCCCGAAGGGUCAACUCGUCUGCUUUCCAGAACUGAUUUAUCAAUCAAACAUCAACCUUCGUCCCCCACACGUUCCACCAUCCCAGCUGGUAUAGUAGCAAGACUUAUGGGCCUCGACUCCAUCCCCAAAUCUCCUCAUACCACAGUCAUGCGUAAAAGCAGGGAAGUCCCCACAUUCUUGCGAACUUCACAUAACCAUGUCCAUGGAAAAGUUGAUCCAGUUCGAAAAUCUGAGAUGGGUUUGUUUCCAAUAGAAGAGAAGUCACAGAAUUUGAACAAGAAGAAGAAAGUUCAAAGUCAAAAGCAAAAUUUGAAAAUAAAGAGCGAAGAAUCAGUGUCUUGUGGGCAAGGGAAGUGCAGAAUAAGGAAGAAGGAAGUACUGAAUGCUGCUAAGAAGAAAGUGAUUGAUGAUGAAUUUCCAGAAGAACAGAAGAAGAAAAACUGCAAAUCAAGAAAGAGAACGUACAAUCAUCCAUUACCAAAGAUGGGGAAACAUGACAGAAAAGCCAAGAAGAAGGUAAUGUUAAAGAGGAAAGAAAGUGAGUACAGUGAAGAGUACUGCAUUAAAGUGUUAAUGGAAGUUUGUAGGCUAACUAGGGAUGAGACCAAUGGGAGUGUUUGGGUAGUUAAUACUAAUCUACAAGACAUAAGCUACGAGAUAGGCCAAGAAAUCCUUCAAGUGCUUGUGUACGAAAUGAUUGAUGAGUUAUUGUAG